CCCGGCAACGGCGGCGCCGCCAUGAGGCUGACGCGGGCGGCCGUGCUGGGCCGCGCCAAGGCCGCCGCCCUGGAUGGCGUCCGCCGCCUCAACUGCUGGGGCAGCCGCCUCACAGACGUAAGCACCGCUGCGGCCUCGCUGCCCUGGGCCGCCGGCCGGCCCGCGACGGAGGGGCAGCGCUCGGGGGCCUCCCCGCAGGCUCUGGGCAUCCGGAACGACCCGACCGGCGGCGCCACCCUGCUGCCCCAGGCCCUGGCCCGCGGGCCGCUCGGCUCCACCGGGAAAGCCUCGUGCCGGCCGCUGGCCGGAGCGGUGAUGGGGAGCUGGCGGCAGGGCGUGGGGGCAGGCGGGGGCCUCUGUCCGGGCUGCCCGCGAGCAAUAUCGAUAUGCCGAGAUUUGCCGAACAUCGAGGUGAUCACGUUCAGUGUGAAUAGCAUCUCGGAUCUUGAGCCGCUGAACCAGUGCCAGAAUCUGAGUGAACUCUAUCUGAGGAAGAACAACAUUGCAAGCCUAAGUGAGCUCUUCUACCUCAAAAACCUGCCCCGGCUGAGGGUCCUGUGGCUUUCGGAAAAUCCCUGUUGUGGGCCGGAUCCCCACCGUUACAGAAUGACCGUGCUGCGUAACCUACCCCACCUACAGAAGCUUGAUAAUCAAGCUGUGACAGAGGAAGAACUGUCCCAGGCUCUGGUUGAUGGUGAAGAGAUAACAGCCCCACCAGCCAGGAAGAACGUGGAGAAUGGCUGCCCUGAGUCCAGUGAAUCCAGUGCUGCUGAAUCCACAGCAGAGACUGAGAGUGAACUGCUGAACUUCAGUCUGGAGGAGACAAACAAAAUUCGAGAACAGCUCGGUAUGAAGCCUGUUCCCAGGGAUAAAUUUUCCUCCUUUUCACCACGAGAAACAGACUGCAGCAGAAAGAAGAGGAAUAACGUCCUGAAUGCCAUCUUGCUUCUCAUGAAGGAAUUGGAUUCAGAGGGGCUGGAGAUCAUCCAGCAAACAGCCGGGAGGAGGCUUCAGGCCUUUCGGAAGAAGGAACUGCAGGAGGAGUAAUGGUACUCAUUACAAAGCUCCUCAGAGCGCUUUGCAGGCUGAGGAACCAGCCCUGGACCAGCAGCACCAUUCUGCCAACACAUUUCAGGCUACAGCCAAUACCUCAAUGUGUCCUGCUGUGCUUUCCCUGCGGGCAGGCUGUGACAGGACACUGCGAAAGCAGUUGUGCCUUUAGUUCCUGACAUUGCCCUUGGCUGUACAUAUCACAGUGGCAGCACCUGAUCUGACUCACCGGAGCUUUCCUGCUUGCAUAGCAGGCUCCGUUACGUUUGUAUCUCAUGUGGCUGGGGUCAUUUGGUCAGAGCUGUGGAGGAAUCAGCACGCAAAAACUAGUACAGUGAGAGGUGCUAGUGCCUGCUGCUGUGCUACCAAAGGGGGAUGGCAAAGCCUGCUGAUGACUCGAAAGGUCACUGCUUGUUCUCCGUUGAGCUUCAGCUGGGCCUGACAUGGUACCAGCCUCUCUUUGUGCACAGCAGGCUUUGAAGGCAGCUCCUACCACAAACACUUGUUUUUAUAAAACUUGUCAGAAAGGACACUGCCUCAGAUAAUUACUAAGAACUGUCUUUGGGGCAGUUUGUGAAGCUCAGUGUCAAAUUCUUAGUUUAUCUUAAACUUUUAACUGCUUUUGGUUAGCAUAUGCGGCAUCUGAGUCGGUGGUGAAGUGGCCUAAAGAAAAGCUUGCUGCAACCUAGCUGAAACAGAAGUUUCUCUCUCCCAUGUGCUCAAUGCUCAGGUCUGCUUUAUCCCUCACAUGCCCUGCAGGGUUUAGAGCAGCUGAAGUCCGGAAUAAAAAACCACAUGUGCGUUUUGCAGUUGAGAAAACAAGACAAGUGUUACUGGCCAGUUUGCACAGGUACCAAGGGUGGGAUUUCUCUUCAUCUGAAGAAGCUGAAUUUAUACAGAGUUGUUAGCUGCUAACUAAAACAUUGUAACGUGCUAAAUAAAAAUAAUUUUCUCUCUA